GUAGAUUUCAAUGAAAAACCUGUAAUCUCAGACCCUGGAAUGCUGACCGAAGGUAAAAAGGUAUCGAUUACAUGUACUGCUCCAAGAGGCUGCCCCAACGCACUAAUUACAUGGCAGAACCAGACGGGAAUAUGGACUAAUUCAGCAAACCUGACAUUUGUACCGAGUCGGAGUCACCAUCAAACUUCACUGACUUGUCAGAUGACCUUCUCGUCAUUGAAGAGUUAUACUCAAAAUAAAAUGACAUUAUCUGUACAGUAUCCACCUUCCAUUUUUAUUACCAAUGAGACGCCAGAAAUGAAAAACCACACCAUCGCCAACCACACCACAAAUCAGGAAUUGACAGUACAAGAAGGAAGCUCACUGGCUCUGAAAUGUUCGGUGGAUAGUAACCCAGGAGCUCAGGUGACCUGGAUGAAGGGAGAGAAGAACGUACUCAACAAGGGCAACGGGAGUGAACUAAUGCUCUAUCUGAUCAAUAUAACAGCCAGCGAGGCAGAUAAAUAUCACUGCUUGGCUCACAAUUAUCUUGGGGCCACUAAUCUAACCAUCAAUAUCAUCGUGCCACCGGGUAUUACAAAGUAUCUUGUGAUUGCUGGGAUUGCUGGUGGAGUUGGAAUUGCCGCCCUCUUGUUGGUUGUUGUUACAGUGAAGCUCCUGUUGUGUAGCAGGACGAAGAACACUGAGAAAAUAAAUAAAACCGAGGAUCGCAUUUCUACAGACAACCAGUAUGACGGCCAACCAGACCCCGUGUAUGGAAACACCGAACUGGACUCCUUGUAUAGAAACACUGAAUUUGCCAUCAAACCUAAUGAGGAAAUAAAGUACAGUACUGAACCCGAGAACCUUUAUUUGAAUUUUGACGAGAAACCUUUUUCUUAUGAAGAAGAAUCUGUUUAUGCAAACUCAUGAGUUUUCUUGAAGAUAUCUCAAGAGUGCCUAUGUCGAUUAGCAAUUUACAUUGUGACGUUCAUACAUAGGGUCCAGUCUUCAGUGUCCUUCAAAGAUACUAUCUACGAACUAGCAUGCUCUAAGUAGGAGCUCUACAUUGACAAUUGUAAAGCCUCUAAAGAUCCUUCCCUCAAGGCUGAAACUUGCAUUCAGUGGUCCGAAUGGCCUUCACACAUUAUUUCUACAAAAUAUAAACUUUCUCUAGUAACUCUGCCACCCCAUUGUCUUUUAAAACUUAAUGCGAGACAGAUUGCGAUGUGCAUUUCUCUACAAAGGAAUGGCAGAAAGUGUUCUUCCUUACUCUCUCUUGUAAAGCACAAGAGUGCAAUUAUAAAACCUUAACGAGGUGGUACAAGGUUGCCCCAUGAUUUUUUUUUCAGCUCAUCUCCAUUCUUUACCUCACCUAAUAUCCGCUGAUGUUGCAUCCAACAUAAAUGCACUUACAUUCAUGUUUGGUGGACCCCAUCAAACAACUGUGGGAUUUUUAAUAUUUAUAAUGAACAUUAUCAUGUGAAAUACCGGAAUACCCCACAAGUGGCACUGUUAUCCAUGAUUGCAGGCACAAUGACAUUUGUGAAACAAUCUUUUCUGAGAAUUCCUGAUAGCUGCCAGACACAUUUUUCCACAACACUGGGAGUUGCUAUUAAUUCCUACCUUGGUGGUGUGGUUCGAGACAUUGAGUGAAAUUUUGUGAAUGAAAUUAUGUUUGCUCAAAAGAGGGAUAAAAUUAGCAGUUUCAAAAUG